CACGUAUAAAGUUAGAAGCCCGCCACCAAGCUAGUGUUUCCGGGUACAACCACGCAAAGACACCGUCGGGAAGCACAGGAUGGCACAGGUGCAAAGCGAGGAAAAGGUUGAGAGGCCCGGCUCCAAGGGCAGCGAUGCGACCCCAACGCCCGCAAAGCCCGCCAGCGCAAAGCUGCCCUUCGUCGAGCACUUUGAGGGCCAGGACGCGGCGUGGCGCCAGCAGGCCGACACGCGGCUCGUGCGCAAGAUCGACGCCCGUAUGCUGCCCUGCCUUAUUACCAUGUACCUCCUCAACUUUCUCGACCGCAGCAACCUGGCCCAGGCGCGCCAGGGCACGCUGGAGAAGGACCUCGGCAUGAGCGGGACCGACUUCAACCUGGCCACGUCCAUCUUCUUCGUCGGCUACCUGCUGAUGCAGCUGCCGUCCAACCUGCUCAUCACGCGCGUCCGCCCGAGCCUGUACCUGAGCCUGGCGACGCUGCUCUGGGGGACCGUCAGCACCUGCAACGCGGCCGUCCAGGAGUUCCGCAGCCUCGUCGUCGUGCGAUUCUUCCUCGGCUUCGUCGAGGCGCCCUUCUUCCCCGGCGCCGUUUUCCUUAUGAGCUCUUGGUACACCCGCGCCGAGCUGACACGCCGCAUGGCCUGGCUCUACUCGGGCAACGCCCUGGCCAACAUGUUUGGGGGACUGCUCGGGGCGGCAAUCCUCGGUGGACUGGAGGGGGCACAUGGGAUAGCGGGGUGGCGUUGGUUGUUCAUUGUCGAGGGCGUCAUGACCAUUGGCGUUGCUAUUAUCGUGGGGUUCAUCCUUCCAGACUACCCCCACAACACCAAGUGGCUGAGCGAGGAGGAAAAGUCGUUUGCUGCCUGGCGCCUGCUGGAGGACAUCAACGAAGCCGACGACCAGCAUGCCGGCGUGUGGGCGGGAUUGAAGCUGGCCGUCAAAGAUUACCGGCUUUACGUUUUUGUGCUGCUCCAGCACCUCAACCUCGUCGCCCUAACGUUCCAAUACUUCUUCCCCUCCAUUGUCGGAACUCUUGGAUACAGCCCGAUCAAUACUCUCUGGCUUACGGUGCCGGUUUGGUUUGUAGCAUUCCUCGUCUCGAUCCUCGUGACAUGGACGUCAGCAAAAACACAAGAUCGGUCUCUCCACAUCGUUGGUCUGAUGCUGAUCGGCGCUGUCGGCAAUGCAAUCGCGGCGGCAACAACAUCGCUGGGAGCUCGCUUCUUUGCCAUGUUCCUCAUGCCCAUGGGCGCCCUCUCGGCCUACCAAAUCGUCGUAUCCUGGGUCGCCAAUUCGUUCCCGCGCCCGCUCGUCAAGCGGUCCGCGGUUAUCGCCAUAUCCAACAUGAUUGGAAACACGGCGUCUAUCUACGGCUCGUACAUGUACCCCAUCUCGCACGCGCCGCGGUACAUCCCAGGAGGUAGCGCGAAUACGGUAAUCUGCCUCAUCGUGGCGGGACUCGCCUUGGCGCUGCGCUUUAUCCACAAGAAGGAGAAUAAGAAGCUCGAGGCGGCCGAGGCGGGGAUUGGCAGCGGAGGGGUGUCUGUGGAUGUCGACAGGAGAGCAGUUGGCUUCAGGUACAUCUACUAGUUGAAUCUAGUGGUAGAGUGGUUGUUGGAUGUUGAUAUCUGGACCGCCCGUGGUUCAACGAGGACAAGGAAUAGACGGGAAAGGAACAGGGGAGCAGCAAACAACGUCAUAUGUCAAGGGGAUUUUUUUUUAGACACUGAUGAAAUAGUGGGCCUACCCCACCAAUGGGGAUCUCCAU